CGACUAUUCACACAUCCUGUCACCUCCAUAACUUCAACGACCCAACCAGUCUCAUCAACCCCUACCCUCCAAAAUGUCCUCAUCUCAACAUCCUCCGACUCCACCCCCAAACACCCGCCGCAUCAUCACAACCCACACCCCCUCCCGCACCGCCACCAUCGCCAUCAACGCCCCCAAAGCACCCACCGCCCUCGACGACGGCACCUGCCUCAACCCGCUCUGGUCCUCCGCCGAGAUCCCCGCCACCAUCGACCAGGACCCAACCAAGAUCGAACCCAACUCAACCGCCGCAACAACCGGCGGCUCCGUCUUCUGCACCUACGAUCUGCCCCCGCGGUACGAGGGCCCGAUGCACCGCUCCAUCACCCUCGAUUAUGUCACCGUCACCCGCGGCGUGGUCACGCUGAGCACGGAUGACGGGUCCACGGUGACGCUGCAGGCGGGCGAUACGGUCGUGCAGAGGGGGACCAUGCACAAGUGGGGGAAUCCGUCGGAUGAGUGGGCGAGGUUGACUUCGGUGAUGGUGCAGGCGAGACCGGUGGUGGUGGAGGGGGAGGAGAUGGGGGCGGUCUGGCCGUUUUAGGUCUUUCGGUUGUCUACCUUAGUGGAUGGGAUGGGGUGGUCAUCUUGAUGAGGAAUUCGGGUUCUGGUGGGUUUAUGUGCCAGGUGUACUGGGAUCCAUUUCAUCUACUUCCGGGGUAGUUGGUUGGAAAUGGGGCGUUGUUGUUAUUGUUUCUUUUUGCUUCUUUCUUUUUUUUCUUCGUCAAAAAACCCAGCCUAGAAAAUCACGAAUAGGGCCAGAUCUUGGCGAGUACCUGCCUCUGUUUCGCAUCCUCCCCCAAUGCGAUGAACUGAUUCCGGAAAUGCUGGCUCAAUCUCUGAGCGUCUUCAUACCGGUCGCACAGAACCAUGCCGCCCAGAGGGAGAAGCCCUUGUUCUUGAAUCUGGCGCAAGACCAAUGAAACACCCUCGACAAGC